UUCAGAUCUUGUCGGCAUCGAAAACGUCGAGCAAGUGGGUCCCCGAAUACCCUCACCGUUAUUCCUCAUCUCAUCUCUCUGCUAAGUCUCACUCAUUCCCCUGCAAACCCUAAUCCAUCGUCCCAUCUCUUCUCUCAAUUUUGUUUAAUUUUCAAUUUCAAUCUAAGCAGCUUUCGAUCGAUCUGGAAAGCAUAUCGAAAAAAAUUUCUGUAGAAAUUGAGAAAAGAAGGAAGGAAGGUGUUCUUGGUUUGUUUGUCGUCUGAUCUGAUUGCAGAUCUCAUCUCGGCUUUGAUCUACCGAUGAGUCCAUCGGCGAAGCAGGCAGUGGAAAGCGGCGGUGGCGAAGAUAAGAAGAUGAAGAAGCCCAGAGUGGAAGACGUGGAAGAGGAGGAGGAGGAGGCGGGGAAGAGAGAGUCUAGGUUCACGAGCUUCAAUUUGGACGAGAAUCUGCUCUACGAGGUGCUGAAGCACGUGGACGCGCGGACGCUGGCCGCGGCGGCGUGCGUGAGCAAGCUGUGGCACAAGACGGUGCAGGACGAGCGUCUCUGGGAGAUCAUCUGCACCAGGCACUGGGCGAACAUCGGCUGCGGCAACGACCAGCUCCGAUUCGUGGUCCUCGCUCUCGGCGGCUUCCGCCGCCUCCACUCCCUCUACCUCUGGCCCCUCUCCAAGCCCUCUUCAUCUUCGUCAUCGUCGCCGGCGGCAUGGCGGUUUCCGGGGAUCCCGUCGAAGCCAACUCGAUUGAGCAAAGAUGAGAUUCAUCUCUCUCUGUCCCUUUUCUCUAUUCGCUACUACGAAAAGAUGAAUCUAGGCAACAUGGGCAGAUGAAUUUGACCGUCUAUCCUUCAUUUUCUUCGUAAAAAUCUGGUAAUAGGGAUGUGGAUCAGUUUGAUGAGUGUCAUUAUGUGUGAUGCUUUUGGCAAUAUUUUCUCAUCCAAGGGAAAUUGUCGCCUUGUGCUUUUGGUCACUGUUAGGUAAUAAGGGUAUCCUCCCUCUGUAGCCCCAGGAAGAUAGUAUUGAGUUAUGUUUGUAAAUUUGUAUAACUUGUUGAUCUUAUGGAAAAGAGGAUUUUGUGUUGUGCAA